UCAGUAAAGUUAUACCCACAGAAACAGUUUUAAUGACAUUGGAAAGUUUUCUGUCACUGACCAUUGAUUUUGUUACAUUCUCUACCUUUAACUUGUCAGACUUUUUUCAUUUGGGUGUCUGUAAAAUGUGCUGGUUGUGUGUUUUUGUCUCCACUAGAUGGUGCGCAAAACUGUCUCAGCUUCAAGGCUUGCUCUUCGGUUGUACCGGUGUUGGACGGUUCCAAGUUUAGUCAUUUUCAAAACGGAGUGAAGUGAAGGCGCGUUGUGAAAAUAUGCGGACAUGGAUGACUGGCCGUGACCCAGUUAAAUCUAAACAGAGCUUUGAGGAACCAGCCAUGAACAAUUUUUAGUAGAGUCACCGGAUUUGCUUCUCGGCACAAAAAAAGCAACUCAGAUGUUGGAUGUUUUCAGUGUCAUAAUUUGCUAUGAUUUUAUGAAGGUGAAAAUUAAUUUCGCCAGUCAUUGUGGUGAUGUCGGUGUUCAUCACAAUGCAGUUAGUUUUCCUUACAGCUGCGUUCCUCUUUACGUACGACCUUGCUGGGGCAGUGCGCUCUGACAAAAAAUGUGCCGCCCGAUGCGACGUGAGCUCGUGCCCGAGCCCAAGCUGUCCCGGCGGGUACGUCCCGGACCGAUGUAACUGCUGCCUGGUGUGCUCGCCGCGGGAGGGGGACCCCUGCGGCCGCAAAAACGACCUGCCAUGCGGGGAUGGCCUGGAGUGCAAGCUGCUCGCUGCGGGGAGGCGGAGAGGCUCCAAAGGCGUCUGCCGGUGUAAGACGGACCAUGAAGUGUGUGGAAGCGAUGGCAAAACGUACGGGAAUGUGUGUAAGCUGAAAGCAGCAAGUCGAAAAGCUGCGCAUAAGGGGAGACACGUAGUGAGCCAAGCGCACAAAGGAUCCUGUUUGCCUCCAGGCGCAGCAGGUUCAUCCCUGGUCGAUCCCAGCAGCCCUCGCUACAAGUUCAACUUUAUUGCUGAUGUAGUGGAGAAAAUAGCGCCUGCUGUUGUCCACAUUGAACUGUUUGUAAGACAUCCUUUAUUUCGCCGCCACACCCGUCUCUCCAGUGGCUCUGGUUUCAUUGUGACCCACGCGGGUGUGAUUGUGACCAACGCUCACGUGGUGACCACACCGGCCACCGUGGCAGGGAGGCCACAGCUGCGUGUUCAGCUCCAUGACGGUGACGCAUAUGAAGCUGUGGUCAGAGACAUAGACAGGAAGGCAGACAUAGCCACCAUAAAAGUCAAUCCACAGAAGAAGCUCCAUGUUCUGUCUCUGGGUUGUUCAGCUGAUCUAAGACCAGGGGAGUUUGUGGUUGCCAUCGGUAGCCCCUUUGCCCUGCAGAACACCGUGACCACUGGCAUCGUCAGCACAGCGCAGAGAGAUGGCAAAGAGCUGGGCAUCAAGGACUCAGACAUGGACUACAUCCAGACUGAUGCUAUUAUCAAUGUAAACACAAACACAGAUUCAUACACAUGCAUGUAUCCAUGUCAAGUUUAUUCUCAUAUUUUUUCUUUUGUCUUUUAUUCUUGUGAGAAGUAUGGAAAUUCUGGAGGACCCCUUGUUAACUUGGAUGGCGAGGUCAUAGGUAUCAACACUCUGAAAGUAACAGCAGGGAUCUCCUUUGCCAUCCCCUCAGACCGGAUCAGCCACUUCCUGUCAGAGUCUCAAGCCAAACACAGUAAAGAAAAAGCAAGACAGCAAACAAGACGUAUAAAGGAACCACAGUCUGAUGCAGAUGUGUCACAAGUGAAGAGAUACUUUUUAGGGAUCAGAAUGAUCACAAUCACAAAAGAUCUUAUGGCACAGCUUAAACAUCAGAAUCCAGACUUUCCUGAAGUCAGCAGUGGAGUUGUGGUGCAGGAGGUCAUACCUAACUCACCAGCAGAGAGUGGAGGUAUUAAAGCUGGUGAUGUUAUCGUGAAGCUGAAUGGGCAGCCAGUCCAGACCACUGAAGACAUCCACGACGCUCUGCAGAGUGAUCGCCCACUUCUUCUCGAAGUUCACAGAGGAAGCGAUAACCUUCUGUUCAACAUCCACCCUGAACAGCUAGUGCAUUAACAGCUCAGAUAAGGUGUUUUCAGUGUGGAAACUGUCAUGCAAAAAGUUACAAAUAAGCUAUCAAACCAUGAACUGACAAGGAGUAUUUUCCAAAAAAUUUUCCAUUUCCUAUCAACUUCCACCAAUAUGAUGAUGUAUAUUUUAUUAUUUGCUCAAUUUUUUAUAUUCAUGAGAGAUACAAGACACAACGAUACUCAGAAUGUUGCUGAGUAGAAUCUGCUGCUCUGUAUACUGAAACUGAUUCUUAAUAAAAGCAUAGAAAGAAGCGUCUACACAGUGAUGUAUAUUUAUCUGUCUGGUCUGUUCAGCAGCUGCUCUCCAGCGGGUGACUUUCUCACCUCUGUUUAUGUCUUCUCAUCCCUCUUUCUUCCUCU